UUCUUUUUCUUUUUGGUAAAGGUUUCUCCACAGAUUUUCUCGGCGACCAAACAGUAUGCUGAAUCGCCACUGGAGAUCAGUCUCCUUAUUCCUCUUUUACCUCGUACUCCUCUCAUCCGCCAUUGCCAAAACCUCCAGAAACCUCGACUCUGGUCCAGAUUUUCCGUGCAAACCUCCCAAUUUCAAUUCUUACCCGUUCUGUAAAACAUCCCUCCCCAUAAGACAGCGAGCACUUUCUCUCAUCUCCCUCCUGUCACUUCCCGAGAAGCUCGGACAGCUUUCCAACACCGCAUCUGCCGUCCCCCGCCUCGGAAUCCCUCCGUACGAGUGGUGGUCGGAAUCCCUCCACGGCAUCGCCGACAACGGCCCAGGCGUCUCCUUCAACGGUUCCGUCUCCUCCGCCACCAGCUUCCCUCAGGUAAUCGUCUCCGCCGCGUCCUUCAACCGUACGCUAUGGUUCGAGAUCGGAUCAUCCGUGGCGGUGGAGGGUCGGGCGAUGUACAACGUGGGUCAAGCUGGGUUGACCUUCUGGGCACCGAAUAUUAACGUCUUCAGGGAUCCGAGGUGGGGGAGAGGACAGGAGACUCCUGGAGAGGAUCCGCUUGUGGUGUCUGAAUAUGGGGUCGAGUUCGUCAGAGGGUUUCAGGAAGGGAGCAAGGCGAAGGUGCUGAGAAGAAGAUUUGGUGAUGAUGAUGAUGAUCAUGAUCAUGAUGAUGUUGAUGACAAACUCAUGUUGUCUGCUUGUUGCAAACAUUUCACUGCCUAUGACCUGGAGAAAUGGGGGAAUUCUACGAGAUACAACUUCAAUGCAGUGGUCACAGAGCAGGACAUGGAGGACACGUACCAGCCUCCAUUCCGGGGAUGUAUACAAGAUGGUAAAGCAAGCUGCUUGAUGUGUUCAUACAAUGCAGUUGAUGGUGUGCCGGCCUGUGCACGAGGAGAUCUAUUACAAAAAGCUCGAGCUGAAUGGGGCUUUAACGGGUAUAUUACAUCAGACUGCGAUGCUGUGGCAACCAUUUUUGAGUACCAGAGGUAUACCAAGACGCCCGAGGAGGCUGUGGCCGAUGCCCUAAACGCAGGAGUGGAUAUAAAUUGUGGAACAUACAUGCUUCGGAACACACACUCUGCCAUUGAGCUAGGGAAGGUGAGGGAAGACCAGAUUGAUGAGGCGCUUCUUCAUCUUUUCUCGGUGCAACUUCGUCUCGGGCUUUUUGAUGGAGAUCCAAGAAAAGGGCAAUUUGCAAAACUCGGAUUGGAUGACAUCUGUGAUCCGAGCCACAGGAAGCUGGCUCUGGAAGCAGCGAAACAGGGCAUUGUGCUUCUGAAGAAUGAUAUGGACCUGUUGCCUUUGAACAAGAAUGAUGUUUCCUCUCUAGCAAUCAUCGGUCCUAUGGCAAAUAAUGUAAGCAAUAUCGGUGGCGGUUAUACAGGAAAGCCAUGCGAACCAAAGACCCUUUUCCAUGGACUUCUAGAGUUCGUAAGGAAAACAUCUUAUGCAGCUGGUUGCCCUGAUGUAUCGUGUGAUUCCGGUACUGGAUUUGCCGAAGCUUUGUCCAUUGCCAAAGAAGCAGACAUUGUCGUUGUUGUUGCAGGGUUAGAUUUGUCACAAGAAACCGAGGAUCUUGAUCGGGUUAGUCUUGCCUUGCCUGGUAGACAGCAGGAUCUAGUGUCCCGUGUUGCAUCUGUUAGCAAAAAGCCGGUGAUCUUAGUUCUAACCGGUGGGGGGCCAACAGAUGUUUCGUUUGCCAAAACCGAGCCAAGAAUCGGUAGCAUUCUCUGGAUUGGAUAUCCCGGUGAAACCGGCGGACAAGCACUCGCUGAAAUAAUAUUCGGUGAUCACAAUCCAGGUGGAAGACUUCCGAUAACGUGGUAUCCCGAGUCAUUCACCGAGGUGCCGAUGACCGAUAUGAACAUGAGGGCUGACCCUCCAAGGGGAUAUCCCGGAAGAACAUACAGAUUCUACACUGGACCUCAAGUCUACCCUUUCGGACACGGUUUGAGCUACACCAAGUUCUCGUACAAGAUCAUAUCAGCACCCAUCAGCCUGAUCUUAUCAGAACUGUUCUCUCAGCCUUCUCGGAAGAAACUUCUCCAACACAGAGAAGAACAACUCAAGUUCCUACGACUGGACGAGGUCAGUGUAAGCUCCUGCGAAUCUCUGAGGUUUGAAGUUCGAGUCGCUGUGACGAACACCGGAGAAAUGGACGGAAGCGAUGUUCUGAUGCUGUUCUGGACAAUGCCGGCGGUUUUCGCAGGUGUCCCGAGGAAACAGCUGAUUGGGUUCGAUCGCGUUCUUGUCCGUUCCCAUGGAGUGACUGAAUCUGUGUUCGUGGUCGAACCCUGCAAGCAUCUCACCGUUGCGAAUGGGGCCGGGAAGAGGGUGAUCGCCAUUGGAGCUCAUGUUCUGGUCUUGGGAGAGUUAGAAUUUGCUCUCUCUGUUGAGUUCUAAAGGAAAUUGACAAAUCCUUCCAUUCAUCUUUAUUUUACCACGCCAGAAGAGAGUGAAUACCACGCUCUCCGGAGGCGCGUAGUCUCGAGGACGGUUAUGCAGAUGGUGCUGAGCUGUCGUGGGACCCACUUCGAUUCGGACCGAGAUACACGCAUAUACGUAUCUAUAUUAAUAUCACCAGCGACUCAUUCAUUAUUGUUAUAUGAGCUUCUUCGUGUGUGUGUGUGCACACUGCAUA